UCUUCCCUUCCCCACGUCCCCCCACGCACGACGCACGAGAAGAGAAGCGCGAUGGCAGACGCGACAAAAACAGCGCAGGGACCCACGUCGGCAGGCGGGGGCGGGAUGUUCCAGAAUAUACGCGUGUAUUGGUGCGCGUUUGUGGUCUAUUGGGGCAUCGUGCUGUUCGGAUAUGACACGUAUGUCGCCUCCCUUGCUUGCUCCUUCCGUUGUACUCAUCUGGACUUGACCCCAAGCGGUAUAGCAGGCGGUGUCGUCUCACAGAAGUUUUUCCGGGCGCACUUUGGGCUGCUCGGCCCCGAUGGGAAGCCCAUCACCUCGAAGACCAACGCCAUCUCCUCCAACGUCGUCUCCGUCCUCCAGGCUGGUGCUUUCUUCGGCGCUCUAGGCAGCGCGCCAAUCUCUGCCCGGAUUGGCCGUCGGUGGACACUUGUGGUGUUCACCGUGAUAUUUUCUGUUGGCGCGGUGUUAACCACGGUUGCCUCAAAGCCCUCCAAUGGCCUCGCCCUCAUCUACGCCGGACGAGUCAUCUCUGGCAUCGGGAUUGGCGCGAUUAGCGCCGUCGCACCCGCAUAUGUCAGCGAGUGCAGCCCUAAAGAAGCACGAGGCCGCAUUACGGGCCUCUUCCAGAUUACGGUGGCCACCGGCGUCAUGAUUUCCUACUUUAUCAACUAUGGAAUUGCGCUGAACACGAAACUCGCCAACUCCAAGGCCGUGUGGCAGCUGCCUUUUGGCUUCCAGCUUGUCCCCGCCGGGCUCAUGCUCCUCGGUCUGUUUACCGUCAAGGAGUCCCCACGCUACCUCGCCACGCGUGACCGCAACGAAGAAGCGCUUCAGGUGUUGGCGUACCUCCGCCGCCUGCCCCCCACCUCUGACGCCGUGAUCCACGAGCUCGCCGAAAUCGAGAGUGCCAUCGCUGAAGAGCGGGAUGCCCGUCGUGGACUAGGGUGGCGCGAGGCCUUUUUCGGCAAAGGCAACUUCAUCCGCUUCCUAAUCGCUUUCUUCAUCUUCUUCCUCCAACAAUGGGGCGGACAGAACUCGGUUGGCUACUAUGCUCCGCAGAUAUUCGCAGAUAUUGGAUAUAUUGGCCCCAAAAACUCGUUGCUCGCGAGUGGGAUCUACGGGGUGGUUAAAGUCGUCGCAACCGCCAUCUUCGUGCUCGGCUUUGUCGAUUCCUGGGGCCGCAAGAUCUGCCUGUUCGUGUCCGCGAUGGGCAUGGGCAUCUUCUUCUACAUCAUCGGCGCUUUGCUGAAAAGCUUCCCUCCCCCAGCAACCAGCUCCGUGGCCAACCCCGACCCGCCGCCCGCCUCAAAAGCAAUGGCCGCCAUGCUCUACCUCUACGUCUGCUUCUACUCGCUUGGGUGGGGUCCCCUCCCGUGGGUCUACUCCGCAGACAUCUUCCCCACCCGCACGCGGCACUACGGGCUCGCGGUCGCCAGCGGCAGCCAGUGGCUGUGGAACUUUGCGCAGGCCAAGGUCACGCCCGGCGCGAUCACCUCGCUCGGGUACAAGAUCUUUUUGCUCUUCGGCACGAUCAACAUCGGCGCGAUGGCGGUUUUCUCGCUGCUCAUCCCCGAGACCAAGGGCCGCUCGCUCGAGGAUAUGGACGUCAUAUUUGGCGCGACGACACGCGAGGCCCGCGAGGCGCAUAUUGCGGAGCGGGAAAUGGCGCUCGAUGCAGGCAGGGAUGUCAAGACGGAUGCGGACGAGAAGGUUUGA